GAGGGGGGGGGAGACAGGAGCGCCGCUUCCGGAAGGGAGCCAGUCCUCCUUGGGCGGGCCUGGCGGAGGAAAGGCCUCGCUGGGACAGCUCCUCUCCUCUCUCCCGGAUCUCCGCCCGUUCACUCCUCCCGUCGUCCUGCCCCUCUCCUUCCUGGGCCCCACCAGUUCACCCAGUCCUCCCACUUUGAAUAUCAUCUGAGAGAAGAGGUGGACACAUCUUCAUCCAGUUUGAAGCAGCUUAGAAGCACAGAACAAAGAUGGAAGGGCAACAGCCAGCUGUCACCCAGUUGGAAGUAUUUCCUUCUGCUGUUGAGGCAGAGAACUAUAGAGCAUUCUGGGAGGACUCUUGGAGGGAAGACCGGGAGAGCAGUUCACUCCAUCCAGACCUUCAGUGGCAGCGCUUCCGGCAUUUCCACUAUGAGGAGGCCUUGGGGCCCCGGGAGGUUUGCAGCCGCCUCCACUCUCUCUGCCACCUGUGGCUGAAGCCAGAGCGACACUCCAAGGCGGAGAUGCUGGACCUGGUGCUCCUGGAGCAGUUCCUGGCUGUCCUCCCUGCGGAGAUGGAGUGUUGGGUGAGGGAAUGUGGGGCAGAGACCAGUUCCCAGGCUGUGGCUGUGGCUGAAGGUUUCCUCCUGAGUCGGGAAGAGGAGAGGAAGCGGGAGAAGCCACAGGUGCAGGACUCUUUUGCAGACGAGACCAGUCAGGUGGAGGAGUCUCCUUCAGACACAAUGUGCAUUACCCAGACUGGAAAUGGAGAAUAUAUUGUAGUUGGCAGUGAAACAUGGGGAAUUGAUAGUAGCACAACUUUUCAUGAUUCUCUUCUAAGAAGAGAUUCUGCGGGACCAGAUCAGGUGACUUUUGAAGAUGUGUCUGUGGAUUUCUCAGAGGAAGAGUGGGCCCUCUUGGGUCCGAGCCAAAAAACCUUGCACCAGCAAAUCAUGGAGGAGAAUUUGGGGAUUGUGUCAUCUCUAGGUGUCUCCCCCUCCAAAUUAUGUUUUGCCUACUCGGAGAAAGGAGGAGAAAGGCCAUUUAAAUGUUUGCAGUGUGAAAAGAGCUUCAGUCUCAAGCACACCCUUAUUCGUCAUCAGGCAACUCACACAGGAGAGAAGCCAUUUCAAUGCUUGCAGUGUGGAAAGAGCUUCAGUCAAAAGAAAAACCUUAUUCGUCAUCAGGGAACUCACGCAGGACAGAAACCAUUUAAAUGCCUGCAGUGUGAAAAGUGCUUCAGUCAAAAGAUUAACCUUAUUCGUCAUCAGGGAGCUCACGCAGGACAGAAACCAUUUAAAUGCUUGCAGUGUGAAAAGUGCUUCAGUCACAAGCACAUCUUUAUUCGUCAUCAGACAACUCACACAGGAGUGAAGCCAUUUCAUUGCUUGCAAUGUGAAAAGAGCUUCAGACAAAAUAGCCACCUUAUUAGUCAUCAGGCAACUCACACAGGAGUGAAGCCAUUUCAUUGCUUGCAGUGUGAAAAGAGCUUCAGUCAAAAUAGGCACCUUAUUAGUCAUCAGGCAACUCACACAGGAGAGAAACCAUUUAAAUGCUUGCAGUGUGAAAAAAGCUUCAGUCAAAAACACGUCCUUAUUAGUCAUCAGGCAACUCACACAGGAUACAAGCCAUUUAAAUGCUUGCAGUGUGAAAAAAGCUUUAGUCGCAACUACGUCCUUAUUCGUCAUCAGGCAACUCACACAGGAGAGAAGCCAUUUAAAUGCUUGCAGUGUGAAAAGAGCUUCAGUCAAAAACACGUCCUUAUGAGUCAUCAGGCAACUCACACAGGUGUGAAGCCAUUUAAAUGCUUGCUGUGUGAAAAGUGCUUCACUCAAAAGAAUAACCUUAUUCGUCAUCAGGCAUCUCACACAGGACAGAAACCAUUUAAAUGCUUGCAGUGUGAAAAGAGCUUCAGUCACAAGCACGUCCUUAUUCGUCAUCUGGCAACUCACACAGGAGAGAAGCCAUUUAAAUGCUUGCAGUGUGAAAAGAGCUUCAGUCACAAGCACCACCUUAUUAGUCAUCAGGCAACUCACACAGGAGAGAAGCCAUUUUAAUGCUUGCGGUGUGAAAAGAGCUUUAGUCAAAAGAGCAGUUUUUCUAUGUCAUCAGGCAACUCACACAGGUGAGAAGCCAUUUAAAUGCUUGCAGUGUGGAAAGAGCUUCAGUGAAGAGAGAAACCUUAUUAGUCAUCAGAAAACUCACACAGGAGAGAAGCCAUUUAAAUGCUCAGAUUGUAGAAAGAGCUUCAGUUGGAAAUCUGUUAAUGUGGGAUUUGUGUAUUGGUAGUGUUUAAAUGCAAUUUGUGUCUUGCCAGUAUUGCAUACUGAUUGCAUCUUCCAGAGUGUACUAUAGUCUGGAAAGAGUUAAUUGCCAAGAAGCUGUGAUGACCUUGAUGUGUGACUGGAGCUGGGGAGUGUCCAGACACAAGUGUGUAUGCAUUACUGAUUGCAUCAGUUCUGUUUAGUUCAGAGUUCUGUCUGCCUAGAGUGAGAGUCCUGUGUCUAUUGUCUGCAGGUCUGUUUGUCUUGUAUAGUAAAACUUGUAUAUAGUUUUACCAUCGUCUCUAAUGUCACUUCGUGCUGCGUUCCUCUGACUCCAUCCAACUGCUGCUGCGCUGCGUAAAUUACUCUGACAAAAUCAUACCUUGUUUGUCAUCAAGCAACUCGCAGCAGAGGAAAACUAGAGUGUGGAAAGAUCUGCAGUUGAAAAACAAGGCUUCUUUUUUAAUUGUCAACCCAUACGGAAGAAAUGGGGUAAAGGGAAGUUUCUUUGUUUUACAUCAGAGGGGGAUGGAUCUUUGUUACAGAAAGACUGAGUUAAAAGCUAUGACUUUUGGGGAAAAUAAUAAUCUGACCAAUUUUCUUUGAUGAAAUAUCUCAUUGAGCAUAACUGAAAAUAUUUUGAGAGCUAAAGGAAAGAUAUUUCACAGUACUUUAACCCAUUCAUGGACAUUGGUUACUGCAAAUAUUUCCUGUCAUGUAUAUUCAGGGUUAAAAAGACAUUUAAUUGAGAAGUUUGAUGGGAAGUGUGAGAAUGGGUUUGAUUAAUGACUGACAGCCCUGAGUUUCAUGUUAUUCUAUGUAUGUGGGACUGGGUUUUCUUUUAUGAAAUAUGUAAUAAAGCAUAACUGAUAAAUUGUUUUCUAUCCAUUCAUGCAUACUGGAUACUGUGAAGAUUUCUUGUCCUGUCUAUAACGUAUAAAUAAUAAUAAAUAUAUUAAAGAUAUGUGUGUGUGUAUUAAAUGUCCAUAUGGUAUCUAGUUUAACCUGAAAAAAAGGCGUGUUUAGAAUUCUGAGUCUCUUCUGAGUCACAUGGAUAACUGUAUUUUUGAUGUGUUUUUGUUUUUCGAUCACUGUAAUUAUCUGGGCUUGGCCCCAUGUAAGCCGCCCCGAGUCCCUUUGAGGAGAUGGAGGCGGGGUAUAAAAAUAAAGUUGUUGUUGUUGUUCUGUA